GAAAUGCGAAGUCCCCCAAAUAAAUAGGGAAAUCAAAAGGCCAUUACAACGUGCCGAUACAAAUUAGGGUUUUCAGUUUUCACUAGGUUUCGGUUUACUCUCUCUCUAUAUUACUUUCGAUCUAUAUGCGAAUGUAUAUAAAUAUAUAGAAAGAUCUAUUCUUUUGCAUUCGUUUCUGAGAGAGAUCGAUUUUUCGAGAAAUCGAUCGAUGGCGGACGAGGACGCUAAAUCGACAGGUACUGUGCGUUGGUUCGACGACCAGAAGGGCUACGGCUUCAUCAAACCGGACGACGACGGCGAUGAUGUCUUCGUUCAUCAAUCGGCGAUCAAAUCCGGCGGCUUUCGAAGCCUCAAAGAAGGUCAGGAGGUUGAGUUCUUGAUCGUCUUGGAGAAUGAUCGCAGCAAAGCCGUUGACGUGACCGGUCCAAAUGGCACUUCUGUUGAUCAGAUCAGGAAAGAGAGUUAUGGGCGUUAUGGCGGCGGAAGAGGCGGCCGUGGUGGUGGUGGUGGGGGGUUUGGUGGCGGCGGCAGCGGCGAUGGCGAUGGUGAUGGUGGAUAUGGGUUUAACGGCAGAUAUAGAAGCAGUGGAAGGAGUGGUGGGGGAGGUAAUGGGUAUCGCGGUGGAGCCGGUGGCGGUGAGUGUUAUAAUUGUGGCGUGACGGGGCAUUUUUCCAGGGAUUGCCCGCGACAGGGCUAUAGUGGUGGCGGUGGUGGUGGUGGAGGUGGAGGUGGAGGUGAGUGUUAUAAUUGUGGCAUGACGGGGCAUUUUUCCAGGGAUUGCCCCCGACAGGGCUACAAUGGUGGUGGUGGUGGUGGUGGAGGUGGAGGUGGAGGUGGUGGUGCAGGUGGAGGUGGAGGUGGGGCUUGUUAUAACUGCGGCGAGUUCGGACACUUAAGGAGAGAUUGUACUGACGGAAGACGUGGUGAAGAUGCUGGCGCUGGCGCUUGUUAUACUUGUGGGGGUUUUGGGCACUUUUCAAGGGAUUGCCCUGGGGGUGGUGGAGGUACCAGCGGUGGUUUUGGAAGGUUUGGAGGAGGAGGAGGAGGCGGCGGCGGCGGCCGGGGUUCUUGCUUUAACUGUGGGGAGGAGGGUCACUUCGCUAGAGAUUGCCCCAACGAAAAGGAGUAAUCUUAUAUGAUCUCUUUUUCUGAUCUUCUUUUUUAUGCCUUCAUUUACCGUUCAUAUUCAGUUCUGAUUUCUGGUUUUGGUGGAUUAUACCUAGGAUGGUUUUUGCAAUUCUUGUCUUUUAAGAUGACUGUGAUCCAAUUUUUGCGAAGAAUUUUCCUGUAUGGUACAUAUAUAGAUGGUGGAUCGAUAUUCAGUUCUGAUUUCUGGUUUUGGUGGAUUAUAUCUAGGAUGGUUUUUGCAAUGCUCGUCUUUUAAGAUGACUGUGAUCCACUUUUUGCGAAGAAUUUUCCUGUAUGGUACAUAUAUAGAUGGUGGGUCUGUUACUGAACCUGUCAUAGCUUUGUUUUCCUUGUCAGUGAAGUUUGGAUGAUUUUGCUAAA